AUGGAAAUAAGUAGAUGGAAACGUGCUAUAUUUCGUCAUGAGAAUUUACUAGAAUCUAUAAAGAAUGUUGAAAUUGCCCUAACGAAGUCUGUUAACAAUGUGUAUUAUUGUGCAUAUCAGACUUUAGGCCCAGAAAAUGAGUCGACUGAAGAUAUGCUACUUAAAUUUCCUGAAAGUAGUAUACUUAAUAAAUCCAUCAAUAUUUUGCGAACAUACAUUGAUCCUGCAUUGAUAGAAGUCAACCGCUCGUUAGAUGAUAUCAAUUUGACUUAUGAUACUGUCCUUCUAGACACCUGUCCAGAGAGAAUGAAUAUUACCAAAGUACAGAUUAGGAGUAAUCAAGACCAGCUGAGAAAUCUAGAGCAUCAACUGCACACAUUACAAGCUUACUUGUCUAAUCUUAACGAUAGGAUAGAGUUAUUCUCUUCUAUUGAUAAUAUUAUCAAUGAACGAAUUUCAAAUCUUUUUGAUCGUAUCAGGUCUGAAGGUGUGAAUUUAUGUUCAUCUAAUAUACAAGAGGUUAAAAGACAUAGUAAUAGUUGGCAUGGGAUCAAUGAGAAGGCUAAACAAAUGCAUCAAAAUUACUUGGAUGAAGUUACGUCUUUAGUUGAAGAAUUGAAACAUUUGAAGAAAGAACAUUCACAUUUCUUAGAAGCUUUCAAAAAGAAUUUCUCCUUUUCAUCUGUUGACAAUAAUGAUGAAUUUUUACAAGAACAAUUAUCCACAUUUGAGUCGAUUUUAAUUCAUUCAGUCUUUAAGCAACGAAGUGAUGAGUUAUCAGAAAUCCUUCGUGCUCUUGAAAUAAUUUUAAAGACAAUUGAAACAAUCAGCUCUAUUUGGUCUAAUGCUGAACGAAAAUUCACUGAGUAUCGUUUAUGGAUCAGUGAAUUAACAAAGAAAUUUGUAAAUAUCUCACAAAAUCAUAUAAAAGAUACUGCUGUCAUCAAUCCUACCAGUGUAGAAAAUCAAUCAGAAUCAGAAAUCAAUGUUAAUCAUUUAGAUCAACUGGAUCAGUAUACAAUUCAAACACGUUUAUCACUUUUAAAGGAGUUUCGAACAGAACUUAGUCAACAUCAUCGUUAUUUGGAUGGAUAUCGUGAUGCUUUACAGACUGUUCAAUCAUUAAAAAUCCCAAUUGAUCAUCUAUAUGACAUACUUGAAAAGCAAUUUAAUGUUAACCUUGUUGAUAACUUGAAAUUGAAUAGAUCUACAUUAAUUAAAAGUUUGGAAGAAGAUCUUGUAAAGUAUGAAAUGGAAUGGGAGAAGUUGGAUAAUCAAGUCGACAGUACACACAAUGCUAUGUAUGAACAUUUAGAGCGGAUAGAACAAAUUGAAGUGAAACAGUCAACAAUACGCAAACUACUUACAGAACUUGAACAGAAAGCAAUAAUUGGUCCUUGUUCGACUGGUAUCGAUUUCACUGUAUUGGAGAAAGGUCUAAUGAAUUGUUUACUUGAAAAGUCGACUGAUGAAGAUGAUAUCGACAAUGAUAGAUGGUCUAUUGAUAGGACAUUUGAGGAGCUUACAGUUGCUCAACAAAGCAUUGUAGAAUGGUGGCAAAUGUUUACUGAUCAACUGGAGAAAGAAAUCCCUCAGGUCAAAGAGGACAUAAAACAAAUCAAUACUGUUGUCUUCCCCUCUCCAACUGGUCUAUUAAAUCAAUUAUUACGUAUGGAAGAGAUUUCGGCCAAAGCCCGUGAAUAUUUAAAUAUCAAUCGAGAAGGCUUGAAUUAUUUAAGUCAAAUUAUUAAAGCUUGGGAAAUAUGGUAUAAUUGGUGGACUGUUGACAGUGAAGCUAAUGAUAUUUUAAAUCAUGGUGGACCAUCCAAUCUAAUCAUUAAUACAACUAUUUUUAAUACAAAUAAUCAUCUUGAUACUAGUCAGUUGAUUAUUUUACAAGAAAAAUUGAAUAAACUUAAUAAAUUAGGUGAAUCAGAAGGAAAAUUAAAAUUAAUCAAUUUAACUGAGAUAUUGAAUAAUAUUCAAGUAUUAAAUGAUGAACAACAAAAAUAUUCAAUCAAAUUUAUUAUCUCAUCAUUAUUUAAUCAACAAGUACAAUCUCAUCAAUCAUAUUCACAUUCAAAUAUAUUACAAUUGAGUAUAGUAUUUAUUCAAAAAUUAAUUCGAUUAGCACAUUAUCAAUACUCUUUAGUUUUUGAUGAUUUAUCAUUAGUUAUUGAUCGUUUAAAUGGAAAAAUUUCUUCUAUUCAUAAUUUUUUAAAUGAUUUUAAUCAAUUUUCAACAAUACUUAAUAAUAAUGAAAAUUUAAUUAAAAAAUUAGAAAAAUUUAUUACAAUAUGUGAAGAAGAAGAUCAAAUGAAUGAAGUGAAAAGAAAUUCUUUUCAAAAAUUACAAUUAUUAAAUAUUGAUUUUAAUCAGAUAAUGACGAAUGAUUAUUUACAGUUAAAUUUUCAGGAUUUAUUCAAUCAGUCAAUUAAUGUAUCAAUAAUAAAAUGGGAUGAAUCGAUUUUUAUUGAAUUUCUUAAUCAAAUUUCAACGUCAGUGAAAUUCUUGACAAAAGUAAUUCAGUCGAAUAGUGAGAGGUUAUACUCUCUGGAGAAGUCUGCAUGCUUACUGAAAGUUUCAAUCGCACAGACUUCGCAACAAUCGACCAAUGGACAAGAUCAAAUCAAACUAACUGAAUUGGAGAAUGUUAGUUCACAUUAUUCAGAAUUAGUUAGACGUGUUCAAUUGAUUUUGAAAAGAACAGACAUUUCAAGGGAGGCAUUGAAUAAACUAAUACAAACUGUUAAUUCAAUUGAAGAAUGGAUGAAACAAUUAGAGCAGAAUAUUUCAAAUUAUACUAAUCUUUCUGGAGAUAGGCAUACACUACAAACACGACUUGAAUUGGUCAAAAAGAGACUAGAUUUAAGCAUAUUAAACAAUGAAGCAGAAAAUCGUUUUACUGACUUAAUCAAAUAUGCUCUAGACUGUUUUAUAUACUGUCUACCAAAUAGUCAUGAAGAUUUCGAAUUGAUUGGAAUUAUCAAUAUUGAUAAAUGUCAUCAAAUUUAUGAAAUUUUUUUAAAUAUCCCUAUGAAAUGUUCUCAAUUAUAUAAAAUAUGGUAUGAUUAUUGUCAACAAAUUGAAUUUCUUAUUAAAUCUUUAUCAGAUAUGAUAGAAGCAUGGCAAGUGUUUGAAAUGACUUGUGAUACAUUACAACUUACUUGUCGUCAUAUUGAAUAUUGGUUAAAAGAACAAUCUAUUUCACUUGUAAGUGAAUCAAAAGAAAUUGAAAAGAAAUUAAAAUUAUUACAAUUUGUUUAUAAUAAAUUAAAAAUGAAAUUUAAUACAGAUAAUCAUGAAUCUAAUGAAAUAUUUAAUGAAAAUUUAUUAAAUAAAGAACAAGAACAAGAAGAAGAAGAAGAAGAGAAAAUUGUAGAAUUUCUUAAUGAAUUAACAUUACAGAUUGAAGUUUUAAAUUCUACUUUAAAACGUUUACCAAAUCAUCAGCAUCAAUUGUAUUCAAGAGAUACAUUGACUUUUAAUGAUGUGAUGAAUAACUUGAACGAAAUCAAUUUGAUCAAUACAGUAUCAAAAGAGACCAUAAUAGUAUCAGAUUCUUAUGAUUCAGCAUUGAAUCGUAUUAAAUAUCUUAUGGAAGUUUUGAAUUAUUUACAAAAGAUGACAAAAGAAGUUAUUGAUCUAUGGAUAGUUCGUUUAAAACAAUUUACACAAUGGGAUUCUAAAAUAUUGAACACAGAAGAAAAUUUAACCAAGUUAUGUACACGUGUUACAAAGAUUAAAGAACAGUUCAGUGAAAAACUUGAAGAGAUAACAACUUCAACAAAAACUAAUAAUGAAGAUGAUGAUAAUAAUAAUAAUAAUAUUAAAACUAUUGAAGAUUGUUUAACAGUAAUAGAUGAUUUAAUGAAUAUACGUGAAGUUAUUGGUGCUGAAUUCACUGAACUACGUGGUCGAUUGUGCAGUUUAACAACUUUUAUGAAUCGUAUUAGUCAUAAUACUCAACAAUAUAGAAUGGGUGAAAUACAGCGUAAUUGGGAAGAAUUAGGCAAUAGUCUAAUGAAUUUACGUCGAAAUCUUCAAUAUAAAACUACAAUAUGGAAUGAUUUAAAUCAACAAGUAACAGAUCUAUCCAAUUGGUUCAAUGAAUUCAAUGAACGUAUCAUAAAAUGGUAUGAAACAUGUCCAUGGUCUUCUGAGAAUCUAUCAAUUGAACAGUCAAUUGAUUAUCAUCUUUUAUCGUCUAAUACUUCAAAAGAUUCUAAUAAAUCAUCUACUACACUAAUUUGUAAUGAAUUUAAAGAUUAUUCAAAACAAAUCAAUAAAUUUAUUAAACAAAGUGAAUCUUAUUUGAAUUUAACACGUGUACAACAUUCAAAAUUAAUGUAUUUUCAUUCAGAAUUAAAUAGUUCUCAGUAUACUAAUAUUAAAAUUGAUAAUUACAAUCAAUUAUUGUAUAUAUUAAAUGAAACAAUCGAUUUAAGUAAUCAAAUCAAUAAUAAAUUAGAUAAUAUAAUAUCGAUUGGAAAUAAAUUUCAAUUGAAAAUAGAUAAUUUUAUUAAAAAUUAUGAAAUAUAUUUAUCUUCUAUAAAUUAUAUUAAAGUAGAAUUUAAUCAAUCAAUAAAUUCAAUACCAAAAUUUGAUCAUAUUAAAUCUGAAAAAUAUCAUGAUCAAGAAAUUCAAUCUUUAAUUGAAACACGUUCUAUCCUAUUGAAUAAUUUAAUUAAUCAAAUUGGUGAUAAUAAACAAUUAAAUGAUUUAUUAAUUGAUAUAUUAGAAGAAAAAACAUUAGAAAGUAAAGUAUCUCAAGUUGAACAAGAAGAUAUGAAGAUAAAUAGUAUGUAUAAAGAAAAAUAUGAAGUAGACAAAGUAAUUCUUGUUCAACUUUUAAAUAAUCUUUUGAAAGAAGCCUAUGAAUUAGAUGCAUUGUAUCAGUCAACUAAUACUAAUGAAGUAAUACAUCAUACUUAUCAUACUGUAAGAUAUUUGAUUUAUGAAACAAUACAAUUACGUGAAAUGUUAUCACAAAAAUUGAUUAUGCUAACUAAUGAAACAGAAGAUCAAUUAAGAUUAGAUACAAUGUUAAAUCAUUUUGAACAACAAUUGAAUAAAUCUGAAAAUGAAAUGAAUCAAAUAGUUAAUCAAUCAGUUUAUCGAUCAAAAUCAUUUGAAAAUUGUUCAAUUGAUAUUACUACUGAUAAUAACAAUAAUAAUAAUAAUAAUAAUAAUAAUAAUAAUAAUGUUGUAAUACCAUUGAAAUCAUCUAAUUCAACUAAUGAUGAUAAUUCAUGCUUAUAUUGGAAUCAAUUAAAACGAUCAAUGGAGAUUUGUAAUGAAAGGAUUAUACAAUUAGAUAAUAAUUUACAAUGGAUGAUAAAUGUAGGCAAAAACGAUCUAUUGAAUAUUGAACAAACAUUGAACACUUAUAAUAAUCGACUGGGAAAAAUUGAUUUAAAAUUAUCACGAUAUUUUAAUGAAUUAAAAUCUAAACAUGAAAUGAAUUUGAAUAAAAUGAAAAAAAUUCAUAUUCAACUUGAUAAAGAAUAUAAAUCAUGGCAAGAAUUUAUUAUAUAUUAUGAGAAAGCAGAAUAUUGGUUAUUGAAUAAUGAAUCACUUAGUCAACGUAUACUGAUAAGUAUUGAUGAAAUGAAAAACGAUACAAUAACAGAAAACAAUAAUAAUAAUAAUAAUUUAAAUAUAUCUGAAAUAGAAAUAAAAUUAACUAAUGAUAAAGAAUUUCUUUCAAAUCAAUUAGAGAAAUUAGAACAAUUAGAAAUUGAUUUUAAAGAAAAUGGUCUUAAAUUACGUGAAAAUGUUGAACAAUCAGCACAUCAAUUACUAUUUAAUUUAAUUCCUAAUUCUAUAGAAUUUAAAAUUAAUAAAAAAUCACAAAUUAUUGAUUAUAUAAAUAUAGCUAUUGAAAAUUUAUUUAAUCGAUAUAAUAAAUAUAAAAUUGAUUUACAAACAAUUCAUAUAAAUCUUAAUGAAAAAUAUUUAUAUUGGUCAAAAUUAGAUAAAAAUAUUGAACAAAUUUUAAAUUGGUUAUCUACAAUUGAAUUACAAUUAAAUACAAUGGAAAUGGAGACAAAUUCAUUAUCAACUAUAUUAAUUAAUGAUAUAUCAGUAUAUAAAAUUAAUGAACAAUUUGCAAUACAUCAAUUAAAUGCAUGGUGUAAUUCAAAAUUAUAUAUAUUAACUAAUUUAUUAGAUGAAAUACAUAGAUAUAAUGAAACAGAAAUAAUUCAAUUACAAGAACUUAUUCAAACAUAUAAUUCAAUUGAUCAAGUAUUUAAAGAUUAUUCAAGUAAACAAAUGAUUACAUCAUCAUCAUCAUUAAUAAAUAAUGAUAAUAAACAAAUUGUUGUUUCAUUUCGAAAAAAUGCUUUUGAACAAUUCAGUUGUAUAUUAAAACAAUAUGAAAGUUUAAAACAACGUAUAGAGACAUUAAUACAUUUAAAUCAUAUAAUUCUUAAUUUAUGUGAAAAAUUUGUUCAUAAACGAUGUGAAAUAUUUCAAUGGUUAAUUGAACAACGUCAUAAAUUAAAACGUAUAAUUAAUCAAAUUGAAAUGAUAAAUUAUACACCAUCAUCAUCUUUUUCAUUCAUUAAUGAACUUGAUAAAUUAUGUCAAUUAUUUCAUAAGACUACUUAUGAUUUAGAAACAUUUAAAUCAUUCCUAUCAGUUAAAUAUGAAGAAGAUAUAACUGAUAUUAUCAAAAUAAUUGAAGAGUUAGAUAAGAUGACACCAUUACGAAUGGAACCAGCAGAAAUAUAUCUAGUUGAUUUGAGACGAGAUAUUACAGAAUUUUUCAAUCAAGUCACUGAUAAAUUGGAAUAUUUUCGUGUUUAUAAGGAUAAAUGGUCGAAUUUUUCACUUGAUUGUAAUAAUUUAAUCCAAUGGAUAGGUGAACAGGAAGCAUUGAUCAUAUCUAUAUUAUCUGCUGAAACUAGUAUUGAACUAAUGAAUCCAUCAUUAUUUCAGUUGACUAAUUUAGAAGUAGUUGAAAAACACUUGAGUCAAUUAACUGAUCAAAUAAAUCGAAAUUGUCAACUACGAACUAAUUUAACUGCUCAUCAACCAGCCAUAGAAACAUUGGUAGCUAAUGCUCAAGGCUUAAUCAAGUCAGGAAUACUUUCAACAGGCGUAUAUUCAACUGAUGAUGACUCAUCUAAAGUACAUGAUGAAUCUAUCAAGUCAUAUUGUACUGUUAACUCAACUGUUGGUAAUAAUAUCGCAUUGAAUAUUGCUACAAAUCUUAUGCAACGAUAUCAGACAUUGAUAAGCCUAUAUGAUCGGCGUUCUGAGACAACACAAACUGCGCAAAAGAUGGUUGAGCAGCUAUUAACAUCGUGUAGGAAUUAUGAUCAAUGGGUGUGCGCAUUACGAAUUACACUAUCCGAUGUAGAAUCACAAAUGAAUUCAUGCGAUAAUACCUCUUCAGAUAAAUGCAACUUAAUUCGAAACGAAAUAGUUGAUCUAGUGAGUAGAAUUGAAUCAGGUGAAAAUUUAGUUCAAUUGGUCAAGACAUGGACUGAUCGAUACAUAGCAGAAUUAAUAACACAAGCUAACCAACGUCGUACAGAACUUGAAACCCUUCAACAUUCAAUUAACUUAGUUAAAACAAAUUCUAAUAGACAAUUUGAUGCAAUUCAAACUCUAAUCAAUAAACCUAGAAAUACAUUAACUUAUCCUGAAAUGGAUUAUCAAGUAGUUAAAGGGAUGGUUCAAGCAUUACAUGAUCGUUUUGAGCACAUCUUAAAGAAUGUCAAUCAACGAAGUUUAUCUAGAGAUAAAUUUACCGCUUGGAUUGAGACAACUGAGAGUCAAUUAGAGUUGAUCAACUCACAUAUGAAUUUGUCUGAUUUAUCCAAGAUAAUUUUAGAUACACCAAUAGAUAACUUUGAUAAAUUGAUUGAUAAGGUGAUAAAUUAUAUGGAUAUUGCUUCAGAAUCGAUCACACAAUUGGCUAUCGACAUUCGAAAGAAUACUACAGAGAUAAAAAAUUCAGAUUUUAUCGAUACACACAUACAAAAUCGUUUUGAUCGAGCAGCUGAAAAUAUUCAGUCAACUCAUCAAGAUAUUUCAAAUUGUCUGCAGUUAUUGCAUCGAUUUCAAAAUGAUGCACAAACAUUUUCUGCUUGGAUUAUUGAUUGUGAAGCGAAGUUUAUUCGUCUCUCCGAUUGUCGUGGUGGUGGUGGUGAUUCAAAUGACCUAGGAAUGUUUCUUCAGUCAGACAGUUUGACAGCGAUUAUCGAUGAAGAUGAGCAAAUUAUGCAUCAAUUGGAUGAUUCCUGCCGAAGUUUAAUAUGCCAAUUGACUGAAGCUAAACAAAAAUUAUUGAUUAUUAAAGAGAUCAGUUCAGCUAUUGAAAGUCGAGGCCAUCAACUGAAUAAACAACUGAUUGAUUCAGGUGAACAAUUGACUAGUAAAUUGAAAAUAUUAGAAGAGUUUUCAUGUGGAGAUCUUGGGAGACCAGUCAACACAUUGGAUUCAUCUGAGCGUUUAAGUGUGAUCAUUCAGAGUCAUAUAGAUCAACUACAGUGUCGUUUAAUUAGGCUGGAUAAAAUUCAAUCUGUUUUCACUACAAAUCUGACUGAAUUGGUAGAUUGUUGGACGGACUGGAAGAAUAGUUUUGAUCGAUUAAUUGAUUGGCUAAAUGGAACUGCCACCAAUUUGAGACGACCGAUUUUUCACUCACUAGAUUCUUUGUCAACUAAACAACAGCUGGCCAACAGUCUGAAGGCUUUCUAUCAGGAUUGUAUUGGGAAAAAAGCUGAUUUCGACCUAUGUUUAUUAAAAGCCAAUCAUGUGAAGAGUUUAGCACCAAAUUGUAAUCUACCUGAUCAAAGUGAACAGCUGUUCGAGCAGUAUAAAAACACACUGGAUACUGCAUAUGCUGCAUUGCAACAAAUGCAGAAUUCGGUUGAAAUUCAUGAACAAUUCGAUCAAGAUGUUUCUCGUACUACUCAAUGGCUUGAAGACAUAACUUAUAAGUUGACCAGUCUAUCAACAGAUGAAAAUACAGAUCGUUCUACACUGGAGCGAAAUCUUCUAACUUGCCAAAAUCUUUCAGAAACUGUUGCUUGUCAAUCAGAGACAUUUAUAUCACAAUUAGUAUUAAUAUCUGAUCAAGUUUGUCGUACAACAGACUCACUUACAAAUAAGGCAAUAUUAGAUAAAGUUGAUGUGUUACGUCAAUCGGUUCGACAAAAGAUUCAACAGUUAACUGAUAUUCAAACAGAUAUUGAAGUAAAGUUGAAUAUGAUAAAUGAUUGGGAAAAUGCUAAAUCUAAUGUUGUCAAUAUGUUGAAUUCAAUCUGUCAAAGUAUACUGACAACUGUUUCACAGGAAAAAACAUCUAUUCAACAAGUUCAACCGAUAACAGCCAAUAUUCUAUUGACAAUCAAGGAAGAACAUUUAAAACAGCUUCAAAAUAUUAAACAGGAAUUUGAACCAGUUCAAAUGAAAAUCGAUGAACUUAAGAAGUGCAGCGAAAAAUAUACACAAUUUGAACGUAAACUCGACAUCAUAAAACAAGUUGAUCAGCUGACUGACAAAUAUGCUAAAAUACAAAGUGAAAUUGAAAUACAUCUUGUUAAAACUGAUAAAGAAUUACAAAAUCUACGUGUAUUUCAUACAAAAAUUGAUGAAUGUAAAAGUUGGAUCUUACAAAUCUCUUUAAAGUUAAUGGCUAUUCAUUCAACAGAUCCAGAUGGACCACAAGGUGUUAUUCAGUUAGGUCAAGCUGAAACUAACCUAAGAAAACAUCUUCAUACAUUUCGUGAAAUUAAUUUAUUCAAUUUAAAAUCAAUUAUUUCAAAUUGUCCAUCAGAAAAAGAUUUUGCUAUAGAAACAGAUCGAAUUAUUCAAUGUUUAUUUCAAACAUCUAGUGGUAUAUCAACUCAAGUUGCAGAGCAAAUUAUUGAUAAUAUGAAUAAAUUAAAACAGUCUACAGAAGAAACAAUAGAAAAACAACAAAUUUUAAAUGAUGAAAAAGAGACUAUUGAUCAUUUUCAAUCUAAUCAGAAUGUUACUUUAUUAAAUGAUCAAGUUCAUAUGAAAACUUGGAGAGAAUUAUUUCAUCUUGAAAUUGUUGAAUUGGAAUCAAAUUGUGAAAAUUUAGAAAUGAUGUGUAAACGUAUUAAGGAUAGGCUUAUGGAGCAACAACAAAGAUGGGCUAAAUUUGUCUCAGUUCUUCUUCGUGUAGAUAAAUUUUUACGAGUAGAUCUUUCAGAAUGGUGGCGAAUAACAAACUCUAACAAAUGGCUUACUAUCAAUGAAGGCGUGAAUCAUCAUGAUGAGGACAAUGUUGAUGAUGAUGGAUUGACAGAAAGUGACUCACCUCAAUCUGAAAGUUCAAAAGAAGUGCAACUAGUCUUUUUUGAAGAAAAUACAACACCUGGAAAGACUAGAAAGACACAACUACAACCAUCUUUAUCCAUUCACGAGCUCUUAGCUGGAAUAACAAACGCUAAGGCUAUUCAAGCUAAGAUACAGAUUUAUCUUCAAGAGCUGUCAGCUGUUAGACAUCGAUGUUCUACACCACCUCCACGUCCUACAACGUCUUUAAGUUUAGCUCCAUUAACUAAGUAUUAUGAUCCUUCAACUAUGCUAACUGAAAUAUUGGAUAAUGUUACUGUUGAACAAAAUGUUAAACCAUCUUUAGCUGUGGAUACUACAAGUACUACUUAUGAGGUAUCAAGUAGUAAAGUGCACAUGUCUGAAGAAACAAUGAAUGCACUGAGUGGUUUAGAAUUACGUCGAAAAGCUUCACAUAUAAAUGAACAACUUGAAGUAGAAUUAAAACGACUGGAUAAACAUAUUGAACGUUUACAAGAUUUGAAAGUACGAUGGGAUCAACAACAUCUUUGUGAAACUGAAUUUCUUAACUGGUUACAUCAAAAACAAAAUGAAUUUGAUCAAAUUAUACAUUCUCAACAACAAUUUCAAACUGAUAAAGUUUAUUCAAGUACAUCAUCAUUAAUGAUCACCACCAAUCGAAACAUGAAUCAUUAUUCUCAAUUAUACAAAGCAAUGGAUACAAGUCGUUUAGAAAGCUUAUUAAAUGAAUUAAAUACUAAAAAAGCAAUUAUUGAACAAUUGAAACUUCAAAGUCAAUCACUUAUUGGUAGUAAACUUUAUUCAUCAAAUAUUCGAUUAAUUGAACAAGAAUAUAUUCUACUUGUUAAUAAAUUACAAGAUAAUCUUAAUCAUCGUCGAUUACUUACUAAUCAAGCAUUAGAAGCGACUAGAUUAACAGAUAAUUUACAUGCUGAUUUACAUGAUAUUGUGAAACGUUCAACAGGUAUUGACACUGUUCAAUGUUCAACAGAUGUUGAAUUGGAAAAAAUUGGAGAUUGUGUGGAACAAGCCAGUUGUUUACAGAAAAGACUUCAGAAUGUGGAAGAACUAGCCAGUCAUUGUUUAUUGUAUACAGAUUCAAAGACAAGUGAAGAGUUUAGAACUUGUAUUGGAUUAGAACAAGAUGAACUGUAUGGUGUAUAUGAAGUUCUGCAUACAAAAUUGGAUCAUUUUAAUGCUCAUUCAAUAAACUUUAAUAUUUGUUUAAAACAACUGUCGAAUAUUUUGGAUAAAUUGUCUAGUGCACAUCAAAUCAUGCUUGAACCUUUAAGAAUUGAUCUCAUGAACGAGAAUUCCAACAAUAUUGUUUCACUUAUCAAUAUUCAUGAUAUAAAUACGUCAAAAAUCUAUAAACUCCGAGAACAGGCUGUUGAGUUGAUUAUUCACCUUACUUCACUUUCAUCUGCAACAUCAAAGUCGUCAUCAUCGUUAUCACCAGUGUUGUUGAAUAAAAUGCAACAGUAUGCUAGUUUAAUAGGUCAAUUGAAAUGGAGAUUUCAAGUGUUGAAUAAUUUAGAGUUAUAUACUGAAGGAUUUCAAUUGAUAGAUCAAUUACUAUCAGUAUUCUUAUUAUCUGGAAAUGUUAAGACAAAGCACAUUAUUGGUUCCAGUUUUAAUAAUCAUUUAGCUUUUAAACGAAGAGAAUAUUUAGUUCAAUAUGAUAUAAUAAAAUUAUCUACCUAUUCUACUAAAUUUGAUAAUAUAAGUAUUGACAAUUAUGAUGCAAAUACACAAUUAACCUGUUCAUCAUAUAUCAAUGUUCAGAUAUGUUUGAAUACGAUGAAAAUUUACUUGAAAUCACGUUUUAAACUUCUGAAAAAGAUUGAAUUGUCUUUUGAAAAUAUUGAAUUCGAUUCCAUCUUAUUAAUGGGAAAUGCAAUGCAACUUGUGCUUACAAAGGAAUCUAAACAAUUUGUAAAUAAUGAAUUACGCAGUAUUUAUGUUGAUCUUGUUAGCAAUGUGGUUUCUUGUGAACAAGAACUCAAUGGAAUUAUGUACUUAACAAAACGAGUUGAACAACUUCUUAAUGAGUAUAACCCAUUUUAUCACUUUUGGAUCGAUUCUACUUCAAAACAGUUUUACACAGAAAACGAGAUAAAGGAUCAGUGUGGACAUUUGAAAGCGUUUCUUCAUUGGAUAGAUCAAGUGAAAGAAGAAUUUCAUGUGAUUGAUGAAACUGAUAAUAACACUUUAUCAAGUGUUUAUUGUACUAAAAAACUACACAUAUGCAUGAAACCUCUGUAUGAAUCACUAGUGAGACAUUUGAAUCAAGUGCAAACUAAUGUUUUCAGUUACUUGAGGGAUUUGCAGAGCCGCUAUAGUGUACUGAACCAACUACAAGUAUCUUCUUCUUCACAGCAUUUCAAUAAUCUACAAUCCACUGGUCGUUAUCGUACUCGAAGUUUGUGUGAGACAACUCUGACAUCUUCUUCUUUAAAGGCAAGAAUUCGAAGACGAUACAACUCACUAUCCAUAGAUUUGGAUUCCAUGGAAAAGGUCAAAAAUCCGAUCAGUUUAAUGUACUUCCCUGAUAUUUUCUCAAGGUGUUCUACUCAAUUACAGAAAGAUUCUUUAUUGCUCUACAGAAAGGAUAAAACUGUAAUAGAGAAAAAUCAAAAUGAUUCACUAUCUGAUGAAAGUGUUAACAUCUCAUGCUAUCCAGAGAAACAAGUAGAAUCACCGUGUUCUGAAUCUACUUCGUCAUCUACAUUAUGUAAUAAUACACAAAAGGAAGAAGGUGAUUCAGAUUAUGACGGACUCCUGGAAACGUCUACACUAUCGACUGUAUUAUCAAAAAGUGUUCAGCCAUCACUAAAUUCACUCAAUAGAGAUUUUGAUACCACUAAUGCAAAUGAUAAUUCUGAUCAAGAAAUGAAAUCCUGCUUAGAUAAACAGAGAAGAUUAACACAACUAUUCUCCAGUUUCCUUGAAGAAUAUAAAGCUUCUAAAAGGAUGAUGCCUAAGGCUAACGGCGGUGGAACAGGUCAACAAUUCAACUGUUCUGUUCAUCAUGUUAAUUCUUCUCAGAAAAUAUCUAUCAAUUCAUGUUGUGUAAACAGAUCAGAUGACGAUUGUGAUGAAUCAGAGUCAUUCUCAUCAUCAUCCGUAUGCACUGGAAAAAACAGUGGCAAUGGCGUAAUGCGCGAAUCGCUUUUGCGAGCGUGUACAAAACUACUUGAAGCUACCGAGGAUUUCCAUUUUAAACUAAUCUCAUUUAAGAGUGUUGACCUAACAGAAUUGAUAAACAAUCAAUACAAUAUCACUAGUCCUGUUAUGAAUGAUGACUACGAUCUCCUACAAGAUGUUAGUGAUGAUAUUCCACUUCAAUUGCCGUUGAUGAAACAAUUGGAUUAUAUUUUAAAGCAUUUAAAGCCAAAUGAUAAGGAUUCAUCUAUUACAAAAGAUAACUAA